AUGGAGAUACCACGGCCUGGUACGCGAAUUGAAAUUGUCGCAGCAAUGCGACGACGACCGGUGGAUAUUACCGUUUCCGUCGAUGGCGUCAAGGUUGUCCUGCAAAGGAAAAAGGUAGAGGUAUUAAAUUUUUCUUUAGAUAUGUCAUACAAGUAUACUGCUUUUACAGCAAAAGCAAAAAGGCCUCUCAUGGGACGAGUCAAAAUUGCUUGUGAUGUUUCACCCCAUUUAUAG